GUUGCGGCCUUUGGUCUCCAGCAGUUCCCACACAGCACAAAAGCCACCACUUCUAGCCCUGCUGACGCUGAAUGGCACAUUGUUCUUGCCCUCCAAAAUGGCUGUAUCAAUGCCCUGAGUCUGCCCAACCUUCGCCGAGAUCUCAAGGUUGCCUUCACCUUCUGGUUCGGGACUGAAAGCCCACACAGGACGGUGCGUCUGCCCAUUAACUCGAACGGCGUGUCUGCAAGUGACGGAUGAGAAGAAUGGAAGCAUACACCCUUGAAUCCGGAUAUUACAGUAGGACCCUCAGGCAGUGAACAGCUUCACACAACCGCUGUCUGA